AUGCCCCCUCUCCCUUUCUCUCUCAGACCAAUUACCCAUGGCUUUGCUUCUACAGGUGGAUUAGUGGGUGGGCAGCAACCCGGCACCUCUCUCCGAAGGGAGAGGAUCGGCCUACCAAGGUACUUCUCUAGGGUGGGAGAAGUAAUUGUCUUGUUUGGAUUUAUUUUUUAUUUCUACUUGCUGACUUUUUUCCUUUCUUCCUCUUUCUCUUCUCUUCCCCCCACUUUCUCUGUCUUUCUCUUUUUCUUCUCUUUCCUCCCCUUUCUCUUCUCUUUCCUCCCUUUCUCUUCUCUUUCUUCCUCUUCUCUUUCCUCCCCUUUCUCUUCUCUUUCUUCCUCUUCUCUUUCCACCCAUUUCUCUUCUCUUUCCUCCCCUUUCUCUUCUCUUUCCUCCCUUUUCUCCUCUCUUCCCCCCACUUUCUCUGUCUUUCUCUUUUUCUUCUCUUUCCUCCCUAUUCUCUUCUCUUUCUUCCUCUUCUCUUUCCACCCAUUUCUCUUUUCUUUCCACCCCUUUCUCCUCUCUUUCCUCCCCUUUCUCUGUCUUUCCCUUUUUCUUCUCUUUCCUCCCCAUUCUCUUCUCUUUCUUCCCCUUUUUCUUCUCUCCUCUUCCUCCUCCUCCUUACUUUUCCACCUUCCAUUUUCUUUUAUGCCUAAAACAGAUUCACAUAGAGCCUUUGUUCUGUUUUAA